ACUGAGGGGCGGCGGUGGGGGGGGCGGGAGAGUGCGGCUCGGCUGGGCUCGCCGCGUGAGAUGGGCGCUGCGGGCCAAGGAGGCCAGUUCUGCCUAAUGACUGCCAGGACCGUGGUGGGCCCCGGGGACACCUCAGAGACUGAGACGCAGCACCGCUUGGGGCUUCAGCGGCCCGCGAGAGCAGUGGGGGACGGCGAGGGCCAGGAGACUAAGGGGGGAUAGGGUGGGCAUUGGUCCUGUAGACCUUGUGUUUUGAAUAAAGUGAGAGGGCACUGGAGGUCGACCAAGAGUGGGACAUCUUAGGUGACCAGGCGAGACGAGAUUGUGGCUAAUUCCCUGGGGCUGGUGUGGUUGAUUUGGGGUGGGGUGCAAAGAAAGAGGAAUCGAGGGGGCUGCCCACUGGGUGGAUGAUGUGGUCACAGUUGCUUCUAUGGAGGAGUUGGGGCUCAAGUGAUUUGUUGGGAAAAUAUAGAAGACUCUUUGGAUAUGUGAACUUGAAGGUGGAGAUGCGCGAACUUGAAGAUGGUCAUUAGAAUUCUAAAUGGAGUUGUAGAUGUUAUCGAGGCAAUUGAAGGGAGAUCGUAACUGGACAUACAACUUUAGGAAUGAACUGCAUAAACCUCAAGUAGUGUUUAAAGCAAGGAUGGCAUCUUGGAACAAGUCAGAAAAGUUACUGAAGAAGUCCUAGAAUUGAGGCCCGGGAUCUGAGGGAUUCUCUUAAUAUUCAGAAUUUGGGAAGUGAAGAGAAGGAGGUCAGCAAAGACUGGGAAGAAACAGUGAAGGAGGAGGAGGAAAAUCAGGAAAAGCAGGUGUCUAGAAGCCAAGUGAAGAGAAUAUUUUCAGAGAGAAUUAUUAACUUUGUUAAAUUCUUCUGAGAAGUUGAGUAGGACUAUCAGCUUUGCAAAUGCUCUUCAGCCAAGCCCCACAAGGGCUGGGACCAUGGCUGUUUUCAUUCACCGGUACAGCUCUUGUCCCUAAACAUCAGCACCGUAAUGGCCAUAGCUGGAACAAUGUUACUUCUAAGAAGUAUUCGGAUGACAUCAAAAUUUACAAGUUCUUCAGAUAUUCCAGUAGAAUUUAUACGAAAGAAUGUUAAACUACGUGGACGAUUACGCCGAAUAACUGAGAAUGGUUUAGAAAUUGAGCAUAUUCCUAUUACUUUACCUAUUAUAUCUUCAUGGAAAAAAGAGCCGUGUGGUGUUUUGCUGGUUAAGCUGGCAGGAGUAGAACUCACUGAAACUGGGAAGAUGUGGUUACAAAAAGAGUUAAAACCUUCCCAACUGCUAUGGUUUCAACUUCUUGGAAAGGAGAAUUCAGUACUCUUUUGCUAUCUUCUAGUGAAUAAGGGUAGAUAUUUUCGUGUGAGCCUGAAUGAAGAAAUUUUGAGAAGAGGCCUUGGCAAAACUGUUCUUGUUAAAGGGUUAGAUUAUGAUUCUAAAAUCUAUUGGACAAUACACAGAAACUUACUUAAAGCUGAAUUGACAGCCUUAAAAAAGAGAGAAGGAAUAUGGAAGGAAGAAUCUGAAGAAAGUUAUUUGGAAAAAUUCAAAGGCUCCUGGAGAGAAAUAUGGAAAAAAGACAGUUAUUUUAAAAAACUUGGAUCAGAUUUCAAUUUGAAAAAAGAAAGUUAUUAUGACAAAUUUAGAAGGACAUAUGAAACAUGGAAAGACAACAUAAAUAACUACUCCUUAAUACUGAAGUUCAGAGAACUUAUGAAUCGCAUACACUUCCGUAGAAAAGGAUGAACUAUUCCAAGAGGUCUGGAGGUGACCCACUCAGAAAAGAGUAAAAUAUGUAAAUAUAUGGAUGUUUUUCAUUGAGUUGAAAUGGAAAUUUCUCUGAAUGAUCAAAGUUGCACUCUAAUGGUAUUUAAAUAUUUAAGAGAUGAUUAUUCUAAAUGUAAUAUCAAAAUAAUUUAAGCAAGUUGUGUUUAAUGUAAUGCUUUUAGGGAAAAUGAAAUACUCUAUAAAGUUACCAGGAUAAAGGAUGUAUACCUGUAGUGUUAAUAUUUGAAGAGAGAGUGUAACUCUUGGGCACUGUUAUUUUAGUUAUUUUCGGCAUCCGUAUUUAAUUUUUGUUGAAAGAGAAUAUUUGUUUACUUUUCCAGUUUUAUCAAUUUUAAUUACUUGUAAUAAACUAACUCUUUAUA